GACAAAUGAUAGUUCCAGUAAGUCCUCUCACGCUGUACAACACAGAGUCAACAGGCUGUAGAGAGAACGGGCGGACUAACACCACGACUGGAUAACAACAAAACAAACUGCACUUAAGACUCAAACUUUUUUUUUUUUUUAAUGACAGGCCUUUCCACAAACAAAUCUUUUCGUCAUUUCUGAUUUUUGUGCCGGCUUGGGAUGUGACUUUCAAUGUAGAGUUGCGCCCGGCGGAGUAUUUUUCCUGAGCAGAAUCAUCUUGUGUUCGCUUACAGUUUCACACGCGAAGUUGCUACUUUCUGGCGACCCGUUUCUUACAUUACAUGACAUUGUAACACCCAGCUCCGUCACCCCUCGACCAUGGCGGAAGCGGCUCAGCCACACUUGGUGGAAAUCGACCCGGAUUUUGAACCCCUGUCGCGGCCCCGGUCGUGCACUUGGCCCCUGCCCCGGCCGGAGUUCAUCAACCCGGGCGACUCCAACACAUCCUCGCCGGUCCCUUCAGUGAAGCAGGAGCCCGCCGGUAACAAUGAGUUCCUCAACAACCUCAGCUUGCUGGAGGAGACCGAAGACUUCCCGGAGCAGAAGCCUCUCAUCUUGUGCAGUGAUUUCCAGUGUCAGGAGAACUGCGUCCACCAGCAACCUCCACAGCAGCAACAUCAGCAGCAGCAACAACAACAACAACAACAUCAGCAGCAGCAGCCUCAGCAGCACCCAAGCCCGCAACUCCCGCAUCAGCAGCAGCAGCAGCAGCAGCAGCAGCAGCAGGUGCCUCUGCUCUCCUCCCCGGUCGGCUCCUCGUCGUCGGCGGCCGCGGCUGCCGCUGCCGCCGCUGCCCAGAGGAAGAGCAGCUCCUCCCGGCGAAACGCAUGGGGGAAUAUGUCAUAUGCAGACCUCAUAACCAAAGCUAUCGAAAGCUCUCCGGAGAACCGCCUCACCUUGUCCCAGAUUUAUGACUGGAUGGUGAAGAGUGUGCCUUAUUUCAAGGACAAAGGAGACAGUAAUAGCUCUGCUGGGUGGAAGAACUCCAUCAGACACAACCUGUCGCUGCACAGCCGCUUUGUUCGCGUUCAGAACGAGGGAACCGGGAAAAGCUCGUGGUGGAUGUUGAACCCGGAGGGGGGGAAGAGCGGCAAGUCUCCGCGGCGCAGAGCGGCCUCCAUGGACAACAACAGCAAGUUCACAAAGAGCAGAGGAAGGGCCGCGAAGAAAAAGCUGUCCCUACAGGGCGGUCAUGACGGAGGAGCAGACAGCCCCGGCUCUUACUCCAAGUGGCCUGGCAGUCCCAACUCCCACAGCAACGAUGACUUUGAUGCCUGGAACAGCUUCAGGCCUCGCACCAGCUCCAAUGCCAGCACUGUGAGUGGCCGCCUCUCACCCUUCAUGCCUGAAGACGACCUCGGGGACGGAGAUGUGCAUAUGGUCUACCCGGGGGCGUCCGGGGCCAAGAUGACGGCCACGCUGCCCAGCCUAACAGAGAUGACCAGCUCUAUGGGACACAGCUCGGAGAACGUCAUGGAGAACCUCCUGGACAACCUCAAUUUGCUCUCACCUAACAAUUCCCAGGUUGGAGGAGGCGCUAAUACCCCUGGUUCCUCCCAGUCCUCCCCUUCCCCUAUGAUGCAGGCCAGCCCUGGGUACCCCCCUUACAGCUCCCCUAACAUGGGGUCCCAGCCUCAGCAGGACUAUCGCAAGUGUGUGUACGGCCAGGCAGGAAUGAACACCCUGUCGUCGAUGCCGCUGCAGUCACUGCCAGAGACCAAGCCCAGCUUUGGGCCGUCUAUGGGCCAGUACAGCUGCCCUGCUGGGCUCCUGAAAGAACUGCUGACGUCGGACACAGACCAGCAUGGAGACCUCAUGCCUUCGGUGGACACGGUGGUGUCUCAGUCCAGUGGAGGCUGCAUGCUUCCUCCGUACAGUAGUGGCCAGCACGGAGCCAAACUCAUGGGAGGAGGAAACGGUCACCCGCACGGCCUCUCUCACAGUCACCCUCACAACGUACACAACCAAGCCCCUCCGACAUCAGCGACGAUGAACGGCCGCUUGCUCAUGUCCCUGAGCCACAGUGGGGGCAACACUCGUAUGCCCACAGCCAAAAGCCCUAUGCAGAUGCCUUAUGGCCUCUCAAGCCACCUCAGCGGGGGAGGCAUGCCCGGCGGCUUCUGCCCUCUCAACACCAACGGAUACGGCCGGCCAGGCCUGCCCCAGCCCCCGCACCCGGAGAAGCUGCCCAGCGACCUGGACGACAUGUCAAUCGAAAGGUUUGAGUGUGACAUGGAGUCGGUCCUCCAUGACACUCUGAUGGACGGAGACUCACUGGACUUCAACUUUGAGCCUAUGGUGACCCAGCAGGGUUUCCCGCAUGGGGUGAAGACCACCACACACAGCUGGGUAUCAGGGUAGAGACUAGAGUCCACCUGCCAGAUAACAAGCUCCUUUCAACUGACUUAUUGUUUUUGCUGUCUGGACACAAACAGAAUUCAUUUGAGAUAAAAAAAGAAACAAAAAAACAAACAAUCCUAGGAUGCCUAUCCUUAUACUCUCAUCACCUGCAGAUUCUUUACCAUCAAUAAUUCAGUUUUAAAAAAUGCUUAUCACUUCAACAGACUGAUAAUGGCUGUGAUCUGCUAAGAACACAUCUGCAGUAGGUCCCCUGAACUGGUUAAGACAAAAUCAGAAUUAUUUUUUGAAAUAUCAAUUAUCACGUACAAACUAAGUGCCAAACUCAUUGCCUUAACUUCAGAGCCAAACUGAAACACACCUCUCUGGUUUACUCAGCAAGGUUACAGAUAUAUUGGUUGUGUUUGCUAUUUCUGCAUGUGAUACUGCCAACUACAUCCCAGCAACAGCGGCACAAUCCGUAGAACUGCACAAACUUAUUUCAUGCUGUUUACUCUUAAUUGUGUUUCCACAAUCCGAUUUGUUGUAUGUACAGCGUAGUGAUAAUUAAUUACCACUACAGCAGGAUUAUGAAGGUAACCUGGCUUUCAUGCCUCACUGGGUUGGUGGUGGUGGGGACUGAGUUGGGGGGGGGGCGUUCAUUGAAAUGGUGUAAAGUGACAAACUUCUCAAGGGAUUCUUGGAUGAUGUUACAUACGAACUCACUUUGUUAUUGCCUGAAUCAAUGUACAUAUGUCAUCAUACGAUUUGUAAAAUGCGAUCUUGUAGUGUAUUUUCUAAGACUGUACAUAGUGUUUACAGAACGAAAACAAAAAUCAAGGCAGCAGAGACGAGCUCACAGAGAAAACUGGAUCAUUUUACCGAGGACAAAUGUGGUGGAGUGGAUGGCGAAGUGCUUGAGAAAUCUGUCAGAAUCAGGCUGUAAAAUGUUAAUACACUUUCUUAUUUCUUGUACAUACAUUCAGAAUGUAUAUUAAAAUGAUAUAGUUGAUGUUUACUAGAUUUAGUAUAUAUUUGAGACCUAAAUUAUUUGUGGUUACUAUAGAUUUAUGCUGGUGCAUUACCUGCAUAGAGACAUCAGAAUUGUUCUUUGAGUCCUUUGUCACUCUGAACCUUAAUACCACAGGGGCCUAUUUAUUGUGCCUAACAAAGUAGUGGACAACUGCAGGCUUGAAGGUUUUUAUAUUGUAAAUGUCCAUGGUCCAGAAGAUACUUAAAAUCCAGCAGCCUUGAAGAAAUUUACAGUGAAUUCUUUAGUUUCAGUGCCCAGCUUUCACUAUUUAGGAGAGAGGAUACACGAGUUAAUCACAAUUUGUCCGGGGUUUCCUGAGCGCUUUGCAGCCCUAUGAAUGUUAUAUGAGUCCAGGUCAGCGGAUAAAAGCCCUUCUCAGUGCUACCGCGGCUGAGUCCAACACCAGCCACCGAUUGUCUUUGAAGACACUGUGAGUAUCCAGGUCGUUCCCAGUUAAGUUUCAAAAUUUGCCUCAUUUGCUUUUUUGUCUCAAAAGAUAGGCGAAGUGCGAUUGAAUCAUAUUGGUGUGAUGCGUAUUCGAUCGGAGGAGCCCUUUGAUGCUGUCAAUAUGAUUGGCUUUACUGCCUUUAAAGAGGCUUAGCUCUCACUGUGCCCCUCUUACCUCUACAUAUAUAUCCCUUUGUCCAUGGUUUUGUCGUUGUCCAAAAGUGACAUUUGACAAUUUGAUAUAUCAGUAACUCGUGACUUGAUUGCUCCAGUCAUCUUUUGUUAAUAAUAGAUCCUGUUUUAAUCUUUAUCUUUAUCUUUACAGUUGCCCUGAACCUGAAAAGCGCCACUAAGUGUUAAGUUCCUUAUAAAGCUUGUACAUGUGCAUUUUCUGCGCUUCUCCCACUUAUCGCUUUACUAACAAUUUGCUUGUCAGAGUCUGUUAGUGACUAAUUAUGCAGAGUCACAAAUACUGUACAUCACUUUGGCGAUCUUUGCAAAGAUCGGGUGUGUAAACUUGACUGCUUAUGAAGUCGACUGGCUGGAUGGGUGAAAGACUAGUUGGCUUGCAGAUAAAAAAAAAAAAAUCAAACUGAAACUGCCUAUCAAACAUUGUCUCUAGUGUGAUUUAUCCAAAUCCCAUGCAGAUCAGUGUGUUUCUGAUCUUGUGCCGCUGCAGGCCACAAGUAUGCACGACUCUCAUUCAAGCCAAACACGACAAGAACUAAUUAGCACACCUUCAACCAGAGAGGGGAAAGCUCAUUUGCGAAAUUAGCUUGUGUGCUGUUUGUUUGGAAUGGAAACCCGCAUACCUUUGGCCCGUGACGGCACAUGAUUGGACACCACUGGCUCCGAUCUUCAGAAAGCCAGAAAGAUGGGAGGAGGCGCAGACGAGGAAACUGAAAUUCUUGCAUUUCAAAAGGCUCUGCAUAGAAGCCGUUAAAGAAGCUGCUGUUUGGCUUUGGUGCCAGGUGUUGCCUUUAUCUACCCAAACAUGCCAUAGUGUACUAUAGCCAAGUUUGCCUUUGAAGUCAAACUGAUAUGUUUAGAAUUUUUAUCAUGUGAUAUGUUCAGAAUUAUAUAUUUGUGCCGGUCACUCAAGUCAGGAUGAACUGUAUGAAUCCAUGUAGUCAGUGUCACAGGGUUCACUCUAAACAUAGAAAAGUAAAAGAGCUGUACUAAGUAAAUUAUAUCUCUGCAUUUUCAAAUGAUUGAAUCUAUGCAUUGUACUCCUUAAUUUUAUGUUGCUAUUGUUAUAUUUUCAUUUUCCUUGAACUUAUGACAGAGAUAUUUUAUUGUAUCAUAGCGCUGUGAGAUAUUAUGGUGUUGUUGUUGUUGUCAAAAUUGUAUGUUCCAAAUAGUUAUAUGGGAAAAAAAUGAAGUUUAUUUAGAAAAUAGAUGAUGCAGUGAUUGAUAUGCUAAGCUUUUGUAAACUGACAAUGUUGUAUUUCUUUUAUUUAGCUACAGUUUUUAGAAAAAUAGCUCAAAAAAACAAAUUAUUGAAAAAAUGUAAAGAUAUAUUACAUUAUUAAAAUGAAAAAAAAAACAAAAAAAACAAUAUUUAGUCUGUCGGAUAAGUCCUGCUCAGAUGGCGGAUUCUGGACCAAUUUUUGUAAUUUUAUGAG